AUGGAGACUUCUACAAAGUACCCACUCUUGACGGAGAGUAAAGUUCAUGCUACUGGUGAUGAGGAUGAGGACGAUCAGGGCAUAGGAUUCAGGAUUUCUAGUGAUCAUCAUGUACAACCGGUUCAACUCAUAAACGGAGGAUGGAAAUCAGCGAUUUACAUCAUCGGUGUUGAAGUUGCAGAGAGAUUUUCAUUUUAUGGAACAUCAGGAAACCUCAUUACUUAUCUCAUUGAUGUACUGGGUCAUCAGUCCACGACGAAAGAUGCCCAGAAUGUCAACAUUUGGUCAGGUGUAGCAACUCUGCUUCCAUUUUUAGGAGCUAUCAUUGCUGAUUCCUACUUAGGCCGGCUUAAUAUAAUUCUCAUCUCUUUCUUCAUUUAUAUCAUGGUGGGUUAUACCUACCUAAUCACUCUAAAAUGCAUAUGUUUCAGUUGA